AUGUGAAGCCACACACACACACACACACACACACACACACAUGGCAUGCACACAGGGUUGUGGGACAUUCGUUAUAACAGAAAGUAUUGUACCAAAUGAAAGUGUCACUGGAGAGCACCUGUGAGCAGAGUCCAUUGGGCUUAUCAUCUGCUGCAGCUCUGUCUCAGCUCCAUUCUCAACUCACUACUGUUCUGCGGGAACAUCAACACAGUCCAAAGCAGAAUGGUCACUGGCAGGCUGCCUGGAGCAAAUGUUUUUUGCAUCAUUCUGUGCAUUGGUCCAGUCUACACUGGCCAGGAGCUUUACUGACCACCCUGUGUGCAGCUAGCUUAAUCACAUGUCACAUCUUUGAUCAAAACAGUGACGGCACAGCUUUGAUCAGCGGCUGCGCUCUUUUGCUCCUCCUCUUGGCUGAUCUUGUUGCCAUGGCAGCUCUUCAGCAGCUGAAGGCUUUGGAGAUGCCACGCCGGGUGGAAACGUUGCUAAACACUUUACAGGAUUUUUUACUGCAUCCUCCUUCUGAUUGGCUGAAAGACACAGAGGACCUGUUCGUCCCGUCCCUGCCUGCUGUGUCCUUACAGUGGACAUACCGAGAUGGCCGAUUGGUUAACUUACCUGUCAGUCUCCUAGUUGAAGGUGACAUAAUCUCUCUGCGCCCAGGCAGCGAGGCCCCUACUGAGCUCAGGGGUAUCCAGGAAGAGGAACACGUCAUCCUGUCUCAGAGUGAUGUGUUCAGCCAUCUCUCAAGUCCUCCAUCCCCUCUGGAUCAGGAAAGGUCACGACCUCACCGUUUACUUCAGCCAAAGCUCUUCAGGGUCACUCGGACUCCGGCGGUGGAACUGGUCCAGAGGUGUUUGGAGCUUUCUCAGCACAGACCUGUUUCCGUGUUGGAUAACGAACGCUUCACGGUGCAGACGUUACUAGAGAGAGGUCCUGCUCCGCUAGCUUUGGUGGCGUUGUUAGUGUUGAACACACUGCGCUACAUUCUGGGGGCUCCUGGAGUGGGACCGUGGCAUGUUACACUACUGCAGCUACCAGUAAAUGGCAUCCUACCCCUUUUACCCCUGACCUUCCCGUUGCUCUGGUUCCUGGUUGGAAUAUACGGGGAAGUGCGAGUCCUCCUUCAGAUGGACCCUCAGCCAACAGCCUUGUGGGAAGUGUGGAAGCUGACGUGCAGGAAGUAUUUCUCUGUGCUUUUCGGACGAUCUUCAGCGCUCUGUCACACAGCGAGUCUGCUGCACAACCUGGGCUCUGUUACUGUGUUAUGCUGUGUUGAUAAGCAAGGCAUCCUGUCUUGGCCCAGUCCAAACCCGGAGAAGAUUUUGUUCUUUAGCAAUUCUCUGUCCUCAGAGAGAGCAAAACAAAAAGAGAAAGACAGAGAGAUAGCGAAAGACGACAACGCCGCACCCCACCCCUUCUGUGGUUUGGAGAUGUUGAGUCUCUCGCUGGACCGGGCGCGCUUUGAUGACACUCGGGUGCAGUUUGAUGACAUGCAGUGGGAACGCUACGCCCCUUCUCUACGCCCGCUCGGUUUGGCCAUUCAGCUGCUGCUUGGCAACGCCACGGUGGCGACACGCGUGCUCCGCCUCUCCGAUCACCUUACCCACGCUGCACUGCUGCGCACACGCCCACCCUGCCAGCCGGUUCGCCCGCCCUGGGGCCUCUGCCAGCUCCCCAAGCUUCUGGGGUUCUCUCCUUUGGCCCGGGAACCAUUCCAACAGAGGAUGAGUGUAGCUGCUUACACCCUACCCACAAUCCCUUGCUCUGGAGAGCCAGGGCUGAUAGCCCCUCCCCCCGUUUCCAUGAGACGCCUCCCAUUCUCACAUCUCAUCGCCCUACUGGUGCACCAUGCACACACUGGUGAAUUCCAGCUCUUUUCUUACGGCUCGGCCGAUGCAGUCCUCAGCACAUGCUUGGAAUUCUGGAACGGAGAAGAUCUGGAGAUCCUGACCGACUCGGACAGGAAGAAGGUGGUGGAUUUCUACCAGCGCUCCUGCAUGGCAGGUCAGUGUGUCGCCGUCUCCUUCAAGCCUCUGCUCCAACCUCAUGAUCCUGAGAUAGACGGGAUGUGUGUAGAACUUCCGCCGAGUCUGAGCAACGAAGACGCAGAGGAUGUGUUCUUGUCUCCCCUGAAGCAGCAGGUAUUUCUUGGCCUGGUUUCUUCUCAGUACCAGGUGAGACCUGACAUGGUCAGACUAAUCUCUGGACUGGACAGUGCCUGCAUUCGCUUUGUUUAUUUCUCCAAUGAGGAAGAAGUUCGGAGCAAGGUGUUUGCUGAAAAGAUGGGAUUAGAGACCGGGUGGAACUGUCACAUCUCUCUGCAGUCAGAAUGUUUCCCUCUCGAUCCAGAAAAUAUUCAUCUAACAGAAAGAGAGGAAGAAGAAUCUCAGCUGAUGGGGGAGUGUGUGAGAGAGGAGGCGGAGUCAAGGUCCAUGGAGCAUGAAAGCACAUGUCUGAUUGAAGAUCUGAACAGGGCCAAGCUGCCCAAAGGAAUUGAGAACGUCCGUCCUCACCUGGAGAACAUCGAUAAUGUCCCACUGCUGGUCCCUUUAUUUACAGACUGCACAUCUCAGACUGAGUGUGAGAUGGUGUGUAUCAUGCAGGAAUAUGGAGAAGUUGUGUGUUGCCUUGGCAGCAGCCAGAACAUCAACAACAACCCCAUCUUCCUCCAGAGCGACAUCAGCAUCGCUCUGGAGCCGUUGGUCCCCAUCUGCUGUCCCUCCAGUAGCCACACCCACCCGAGGACUCGCAGCACAGCGAGCGGUGUGAGUCUGGGUCAGCUCUCCAGCGCCAUCUGUGGGUUAGCAUGCACUGUGCAGCUGCACCGGCAGGACAACAACGUGGUGAUCAGACUCAUCAGACAGGCUCGCCACACCACGGCUGGGAUCAGGAAGUGCUUCCUGUUUCUGCUUCAGUGUCAGCUCUCACUAGUUCUUAUACAGAUACUGGCGUGUAUGUGCCAGCUGCCUCCUCCUCUGGCUACCAGUGAUGUUCUCCUUCUCUCAUGUUGUUAUUACCCCUUGCUCAGUGUGUCACUGCUGGGGAAGCCGUCUGACAGCUCCAUCAUGAAGGUUCCUACCGGAAAAAAUCUCAGAUUCCUCCCAAAAAAGACGCUGAGAUUCUUCGUGCUCUGCUUCUCGGUGAAGUUCGGCCUGACCGUCUGCAUCUAUCUAACAUGCUUUGGUCUUUUACUGCAUGCUUUCUGCCUGGACAUAAACCACGAGGACGAGAAGCUCUGUUACCCGGCAGCUCUGCUCACGAACUCCACGGUCUGGUCCCCGGACUGGUUCGGUAAACACGCUGACGGUCUUUCUCUGGGACAGAAAGUCAUUUCCUCUCUCACUCUGCUCUACGCAAUGUGUACAUCAGUCAGUCAUGUACAUCGAUCAGCUCCUCUGUGGAAGCAGAACCCUCUGAGUAACCAGAGCUGGUGUGCCGUCAUCUGUACGCUACCCAUUCUGAGUGUUUCCAUAGCGACCGGUUCCCGCCUCCUCUGGCAUGACCCCGCCCCUCACCACACUUUCUACAUCAGUGACGUCCCUCUGGUCACCUGGUUGCUGGGAGUCCUGUGGCUCUUCCCCCUCAUAUUUAUUAACGAGGGAAUAAAGCUGCACGAGAUCCGGAUGAGGGUGAGGUACCAGAAGAGGCAGAAGCUGCAAUUUGACACCAAACUUGGAAUGAAUUCUCCUUUCUGACCCUCACACACACACACACACACACACUCGGAGAGAGAGAGAGUGUGUAGUGAAGCAGAAGGCCAUAAGAUGGCAGUGCUACGCUUCACACAGCAGACGCUCAGCCGUCAGAACCGAACCCACUCACCAGCUUCAGCUUUUUUCAGGAAAGCUUUCAGCUUUUCUGUUUUGUUUGUUUGUUUGUUUGUUUGUUUUUGUUUUCUUUGUCAGUGUCUUUGAAAUAAAGCUGAAUAUUUUAUUAGAUA